UUGACUGAAUGUGAUUUUACUAUAGGAUGAUAAUGCAGCGCGUUCAAUGGAGCCUGAGCUCCAUAGCUAUGAAAUAUUUGGGCGUCUAAAUGAUGUCCAUUGUAGCGUCCUGCAUAUCAUAAAUGGUUCGACACUACUCCAGCGCUGUUUUGGUUAGUGGAGGUGAAAAACCAGUACUACGAAAUGGCUCCUUUCCCCGGAUCUCAAAUGAAGAGAACACAGAAAAAGUUCAUGCUAGUUCAAUGCUAGAUGUCAAUGUCAGACACUGGCAGGCAUAUUUCCCUCGCAACUUUUUCUCAAUAACAUUGUUCCAUCAGGUCAUCAGGUCCGACGAACUGGUUUCCUCCUCCCAGUUGAAUAUGUUUGGAGAAAUCCCCCAGGAAUUAACCUUGUUUUUGGACAAGUUCUUUCGAGUUCACCGGGCCGCCGUGCAACAUCCCUAAGGUAUAAAAGCUCACCCCUUCGUCUCUCAAAAGCGUCAAGCACCAUUGCCCAGCUUCUUUAAUCGACUUGUAUGUCCCAUUCCAUUGUUUCUAGUUGCACUUGUGUUUGCUCAUUCUCUACUAUUCGGCUGAUAGCACCUGACCG